CAAUCGAACAGUUGCAGAUAGCGGUUGCGUUUCCAUUGCGCUCAGCAAGAUAAGGAUCCGAAAUGAAAACCCAGAACGGCAAACUUUGGUCAACUUUGAACGAUGGAAAGUUUGAGCUACGCAGCAUGACCUUGUCAGAUUUAGAGGAAUCGCUUAAAGUGCUUGACAACGCAUUCUUUAUAAAUGAAUCCGUUUGUAAAGGCUGUGAAAUUAAUUUGCCACACAAUUCGCAAGCGCGUGAGGAUCUGAAGGAGCUAUCCCGAAUCACGGCACAGGAUGGUGUUUCCUUGUUUGUGAGGCAUCUGGAGAGUGGACGCAUUGUUGCUGUGGCCUUUAACAAAUUGCAGUUUGCUCCACCACCUGGCGAGGAUACUUUUUUUGUCAAGUUUCGCAAUGAACAGGUGAAAAGUCCCUCGGCAUUACGCCUCAUGGACUAUAUGAUAGCGGAGGAUGCCAAAAUCGAUGUCCUGGCCGAUUACAAUAUGGAUUGCGUUUGUGAGCUAAUGUUUUUGGCCACUCUGCCGGAAUUUGGACGCCUCGGCUUGGGUACAACUCUGACUAAAUACACCAUUGAGCUGUCGCGUGACAUCCUGCAGGGUGGUCAUGCAUUGGAGAAUGUGGCUGAGGAGUUGCGGGAUAAGCGACCAGCGGCAGUCAAUGCUUUGUGGACCUCCGAAUUUACCCACAAUAUUGGAAAAGCGGUGGGUUUUAAGGUGCUCAACAAGACGCCUUACACGGAGUUUGAAUUUAAUGGGAAACGCUUCGAUGAACGCAUUGGACCCCAGCACAAAUUUAGUGAAUUAGCUAUGUACAAAUUGUAGAAAAAUUAAACUAAUUCACUUUAUUGCACAAUGUA